AUGCUCGAGAUCGUCAAUCAGCUUGAUGGCUUCGACGCUCGAGGCAACGUGAAGGUACCGGCAGCAGCAGCACGAGCAUGUGGAGUGUCAGUAGCCUAUCUCGGCGUUCAGGUUCUGAUGGCCACGAACAGGCCCGACACGUUGGAUCCAGCUCUCCUCCGUCCUGGACGACUUGAUCGUAAAAUUGAGUUUGCCUUGCCGGAUUUGGACGGUCGCACGCACAUCUUCAAGAUCCAGGCCAGGAGUAUGAACAUGGACCGAGACAUCCGUUUUGAGCUCCUCGCCAGACUGUGUCCGAACUGCACUGGAGCUGAUAUCAGGAGUGUGUGCACAGAGGCGGGGAUGUUUGCCAUUCGAGCUAGACGGAAGUCUAUUUCUGAGAAGGAUCUCAUUGAGGCUAUCAACAAGGUUGUGAAGGGCUACGCUAAAUUCUCGGCAACACCAAAGUACUAUUUUUCAUCUGAUAGGAAUAAUAUGUCAACUAUGAGUGGCUUGGCGACGGGAUUGGCUUCUGACGGCUCCCUCUUGGCGGAGACGUUGGAGAUGCCCGAGUAUGGCAAAUUCACGAGGAGGGGGGAAACGGGUCGGCUCAUUGAGACUAAGGCUAAGAAUCUCCCCAAGAUAUUUAUGCCUUAUAUAAUUCGACUAGGGGUCCAUCUGGGCCCGGCUAGGGUGAAGAGGCCUCUCACUGAGGAGGAGGUGUUGGGCAUCGUAACGGCCCCGAAGGGUCCGUCUACAGGUUUUGGGAUACUCCCGGAUGAACUGAUUGAUGUCAUAAUUGACCCCACAGGGCGGUACUCAUCGGAGGGCUCGGCGGCGAUGGGCAAGGCCCCUGACCAGCACAUACUAGUGACGUUGAGGGGGCCGCCAUCGAAGGCCGCUGUGAAGGUUGGGGAGGUCGUGGCUUUGGCUGAUAAUACGGCUACUGUCAAUGUAUUGUAUGUAGAGGAUAGUGUGAAGGACCAGGAUGAGAGCCGACGAAG